GCUGGAAUCAACGUGUUGUUUACAUUGAAAUUAAAAGUUAUCUCGGAAGUUGAAAAAUGUUAAAAUCAGAAGAAAAUCCAUUUCAAAUUUUGGGUUUAAGACCUUGGCUCGUUAAACAAUUAAGGAAAUUGGGUCUAAAACAAGCCACGCCAAUACAACAAAAUUGCAUUCCAGCCAUAUUAGAAGGUAAGGAUUGCAUUGGAGCGGCGAAGACAGGUUCGGGCAAAACGUUUGCCUUUGCUUUACCCAUAUUGCAAAAAUUAAGUGAGGAACCUGUCAGUCAUUUUGCUUUAGUUCUAACUCCCACACACGAAUUGGCUUAUCAGAUAUCUGAACAAUUCCUGGUAGCCGGUCAACCAAUGGGAGUCAGAGUUUGCGUGGUGUCAGGUGGAACCGAUCAAAUUAUCGAAGCUCAAAAGUUGAUGCAACGUCCCCAUAUAGUAGUUGCCAUGCCUGGCCGUUUAGCUGACCAUUUAACCGGCUGUGAUACAUUUUCUUUUGAUAAUUUAAAGUUCCUGGUAGUUGAUGAAGCCGAUCGUAUGCUUAGUGGCGACUUUGAUGAAAGUCUCGCCAUUAUCGAAAAUAGUUUACCUAAAACUAGACAAAAUCUUUAUUUCUCCGCCACUAUGAAGGAUUUCAUCAAAGAAUCUAGCAUAUUCCCUAUAAGAGAGGAGUGCUUUGAAUGGUCUGAAGAGUCGCAAGUGGCCACGGUAGAUACAUUGGAUCAACGCUAUCUGCUAUGCGCGAAUUAUGAUCGUGAUAUGGUAUUAGUAGAGGCUUUGCGUAAAUAUCGCGAGGAAAAUGAAACCGCAAAUGUGAUGAUAUUUACGAAUACGAAAAAAUACUGUCAAUUGUUGUCCAUGACAUUGGAAAAAAUGGGUAUUGAAAAUGUUUGCUUGCAUGGUUUUAUGCGCCAAAAGGAGCGAGUGGCAGCUUUAAAUCGAUUUAAAUCCAGACAUGUACGCACUUUAAUUGCUACGGAUGUGGCUGCGAGAGGUUUGGAUAUACCCAGUGUUCAGCUGGUUAUGAAUCAUCAUUUACCUCGGACUCCCAAAGAAUAUAUACAUCGUGUGGGACGCACGGCACGGGCUGGGCGUAAAGGUAUAGCAAUUUCAAUAUUCCGUUUUCCGCGUGAUCUGGAGCUGUUGGGACAAAUUGAAAAUGCAAUUAACAUCAAGUUAACCGAACAUCCAAUAGAUCAACGUUUGGUCGAACGCAUCUUUAUGCAAGUUAAUGUUACCCGUCGAGAAUCGGAGAUGCAGUUGGACAACAACGAUUUCAACGAACGCGCGCAAAACUAUAGACGUAAACAAUGGAUUGUAGAAGGCAAAGAUCCCGAUGAAAUGGAAAAUUUGUAUAAAAAGCAACAAAAAGAUAAAAUCCGUGAAUUAAAGCGUCAGCGCAAAGAACGUCUGAAGUUUUCGGAAAGCAAAGACUUGUCGAAACUGGUGGAGGAUGAACGUUUUAAAGCCAUAGACGCAGAAAAAUUUCAAAGCGGAAAAAAGAAAUUGAAAUCCACGUUAGAUGAGAAAACUCCAAGUGAAGUUAAAAAGCUCAAAAGAAUCGAUAAACGUUUUCAACUUUCUUCGAGCAAAAAUGAUAGUAAAACGACAUCAGUUAAAGUUAAAAAUAGCAAAUAAAUAGAAACUUCUUAAAGAUGAAAAUUGAAAUAAAAA